UGACCGAGUUUCAUCGUUUUCACUUUUGUUUUGGGUCUUGCUCGCCAUCCUCCGGGCCUCUGUAGUGAGCCAGGGGGUGACGCAAUACAGGCAGAAGAUGUCUUUAACGGCCUCUCAUAUGGUUUCUUUAGGCAGACUUUAAGUUAUGUAACACAUUUUUAGAUCGCACGACCGGUCCGGGGACACGUGUUUAUUUGAGAUGAGCUUCGUCGUUGUAGAAACGUUUGCACAUAGCAUGAUGGCAACACUUUCACAGACAAAGGAACUGUUGCGGAGAGCAGACGCUGUCUGUUUCGAUGUGGACAGCACAGUUAUCAAAGAAGAAGGCAUAGAUGAACUUGCCAAGUUUUGUGGUGUGGGGGAUGCAGUCACUGAAAUGACUCGCAAUGCUAUGGGCGGCUCAAUGACAUUUAAAACGGCCCUGACUGAGCGUCUUUCCAUCAUCCGAUGCUCCAGAGAACAAGUGAACAAACUGAUCACAGACCACCCACCUCAGCUGACUCCAGGUAUCAGCAUGAUGGCAACACUUUCACAGACAAAGGAACUGUUGCGGAGAGCAGACGCUGUCUGUUUCGAUGUGGACAGCACAGUUAUCAAAGAAGAAGGCAUAGAUGAACUUGCCAAGUUUUGUGGUGUGGGGGAUGCAGUCACUGAAAUGACUCGCAAUGCUAUGGGCGGCUCAAUGACAUUUAAAACGGCCCUGACUGAGCGUCUUUCCAUCAUCCGAUGCUCCAGAGAACAAGUGAACAAACUGAUCACAGACCACCCACCUCAGCUGACUCCAGGUAUCAGGGAGCUCGUGGAGCAUCUGCACCAGCGCAACAUAAAGGUGUUCCUCAUCUCAGGUGGCUUCCGCUGCAUCGUUGAACAUGUGGCCGCUCAGCUAAACAUUCCUCUGCAUCAUGUCUACGCCAACCGGCUCAAGUUCUACUUCAAUGGAGAGUAUGCUGGUUUUGAUGAGAGUCAGCCCACGGCCGAGAGUGGUGGAAAAGGAAAGGUCAUCAGCAUGCUGAAGGAACAAUACGGCUUCAAGACUGUGGUGAUGAUUGGAGAUGGAGCCACUGAUCUAGAGGCAUGCCCUCCUGCUAGUGCUUUCAUUGGAUUUGGUGGCAAUGUCAUCAGGCCGCAGGUUAAGGAGAGGUCUUCGUGGUACGUGACAAGUUUUGGGGAGCUGCUAAAGGAACUGGAAAAGAUUUAAAGAUGCUAAAAGAGUACUGUUACUAAUUUUAACAUUUUAUAUUUGCACCUAAGGGUGUGCCUCUGAUUUUAUCCAGUGCAUUUUUACUUCAGCAUUCAAUAGAUCUUUUAUAAUGAAUGAAGAUGUUUACAUUAGUGAGACCAAUUUUACCUUUAAAUCAUGGGAAUGUUGCCCUAUUGAUUUUUAUACUAGAAGAUACUAAAAUAAUAACCAAACACUGUCUAUGUGGAGGUUAAGAAGAAUAUUUUUGUGUUUUUGCACUUUUUGCAUUAAAACCUUUAGGUAAGCUAAUACAACUCCUGCAUAUUAUGGCAUGUGCAAUAGAAAUGUUUUAAUUCUGUAUGGGUACUAAGAGCUGUAAACAGACAUGUUAAUGAGUGUGUUGACUUCAGUCGUAUAGAGAACAUCAGCAUUAAAUAUAAGAACAUGCUGUCAAA